AUGUCAUACCAGACCGGCUCGACUCUGCAAGAGCAGAUGGCUGGACCAUCGCGUCCUCGCUUCACUCGCUGGCUCACCAUGGCACCCGACGUGGAUCCUCCCAAGCCCUCGGCUCCUUUGAGCCACAACGAUACCAAAUCUUCAUCUACAUCAUCAUUCCAGGAGACACAAGCUGCCAGCUCCUCAUCCAGCGACUUCUCUGAACAACCCGCUGCUUCCACCCAUGGCUUCGGCUACCUUGGUCAGAAAGUCAAGCUUCCACAGCGCAAGAAGCAUCGUGCUACUUUCCAGGCUGGCUCACCUCGUCUCUCUGAGGAUCAAGCUGAAAGCGUAUCCGGCAGUCCUUCAUCCCGCGCAAGCUCAGACGCACUCGACUUUGAUGUCCGCGCCUCCUUCGCACCCAUGCCAGUAUACGGCAAAGGCAAGCCAACACCACAACCACCCACAUACCGCGGUGUCGGCGAUCAAAGCAACCUGUCAUCCAUCGCGCAACCUUCUCGAAACGUGAUCAACAGCAACCCAGCACCAGCGAGUGCCCUCAUGGACAGCAGCAGCGAAGAGGAGCUUGAUGGCUUGGCCUUUGGCGGCCGUCGAUGGAAAGGCAAGACCGUUCACGCUGUUGAGCUCGAGUUGGAGGCAUUACGUGACGAGAGGCUCAUGAGCCAUGCUCCUGAUGCUGCUUACCUCGCUUCUCGUCUCGAAGGCGUGCGACGCAACCUGGAGAUUGAAGAGCGAGGACCCACUUAUCUUCCCUACGAUGAAGACAUGCUUUCGGACCAAGAGGAGCCCGUAUUGGCUCCCCAAGUCUCGGAAACAGUACGACAACUAUAUCCAUUCCAGCACAACCCCCAACACGCUUCCACACUGCCGCACCGUCCCGUCUCGAACGCUUCCUCCGUCAGCCUGGUCGAAGGCGAAACACCUCACGAUCUCGACUUUGGUCUUCAGUUCGACCCUUCGUCCACCUAUGCCUUGGACGACCAAGUCAAAGUUCACGACCCCAACCAGCUUUCCAUGCCUCCCUCGAGCGCAAAGACAAUCGAACCAGCCGCACGAGCUGCGGCACUCGAUGCACGUAUUCAAGUGCGUCCACUACGACGUGGCGAUCUUGAGCAAGUUCGUGAUCUGCACGCAUUCCACGGCGACACAGACAGAGUAAGUAACCAAUUGGCCAGUCUCACCUUUUCUUCGACAUGUCCAUACCCUUUGCCUAUUGAAACCACCACGCAAGGCAGUCCACACACUGCGCUACCAUCUCAGUUUAGUCACGCCAAUCUUGCACAUCGCAGACUGUACCAUUGCUGCGGACAGGCGGUAUGGCCAUCAUCCGCCUCGUCUUGCCGCUGUUCUCCUACACUGCCAGCACGUCGGCCACUGUUCGGAGGGUUUGCCACUCCCAUCAUCUGA